AUGCAGAUUGACCAAGAGACGCUUACCAAUGCGACGGAUCCAGAUGGAAUCCUACGGGGCCUGCAGCAGCUCUUUGACCCCAAUUACCCCCUGCACCUCCUCAAAGGCGAGGAAUUCGGAAUCGACAUUCACAUGUUUGCUGCGUGGGCAGAGGAGCAUCUCGGCAUCCACCCUCGAUUCAUCACCCCACACGACCUCCGAUUGAUGCCCGACCCAACCGCCAAAACGGGGUAUAAGCUGUGUUGCGUCGCAGACCCCAUGUAUGUAGACACAUCGGCUUUCAAGAAUGACGCCAGAGAGCCCCUCGAGGAAAUCCACCAGGUCGGCCUUGAGCUGUACCAGCGCGAAUUCCGCCUUCUAAAGCCGGAGAUGCAGCGGCAGCUCAGUCUGCGCUGCUUCAACGAUAUACGCACCAUACUACUGGUCCACGACAAGCGCAUGCUCGGAAUUGUGCUGCAAGAGCUCGAGCCGUUAGGCUGGCUAGGGUCAAACGAACUGCACAAUUUUAUUGAACAAUGUGCAACAGCACCACAACUAAAAGACGAGUACAUUCUCAAACCCAUCCGAAGUGGCAAAGGAGCAGGCAUUGUCUUCGGCGAUGAAAUCAGUCCCGAUGAAUGGAUGGAGAAACUGGAGCAGCUGAAGACAGCCUACCUGCCGCCGGGCGUAACUGUGUAUGUCGCUCAGCGCAGAAUCUACCAGCUCUGGUAUAAUUUGAAGCGUAGCCGGGACGGAAUGGUGCAGCGGUAUCAUAUGGUUGGGACAUAUCAGGUGGUUAAUGGGCGGUUUUUGGGAUUGGGGGCAUGGCGGUGCAGUCUGGGGAGACGGUUAGUGAUGGGGGGACUUGGGUUUGUUCUGUAA